AUGAGAAUUAUAAAGACAGCUGUCGAUAAGUGCCAUUUCUUGCCCAUGCUGGCAAAGAGAAGAAUAAGCUGCUUACCUAUCCUUGGCACAAUAAAUAGAGCGUGUACUAAAAUCAAAGGGGUUAACUCAAAUUCAAGUAGAUUAAACGAGCUUGUGCUGUACCGAAAUGUUACUACCAACGUUUUGGAAAAAAAAAGAGAGAACAAUGUGGAAGAAUACAUGACUAAUGAUGAGAUAAUAAAUUUUUUUGAAGAGAACAAGAAUAUGAAUAUAGACAAACUAUACAAUUUGAUUAAAACUUUAAGUAGAAAAAAAAUUGAAGAAAGGAAAAAAAUAGUAGAAAAUGAGAAAUUUUUAAAUUUUAUAGAAGAGAUAGAAAAUCGUAUAAGUAUUAUGAACACUAGAUAUUUGUGUAAUUUUGCUUUAAGGUUAGCUAGUAUAUCAAUAAAUAAUGAUGAAAUAAAGAAAGUACUUACAAAAAUAAGUGAGCAUGCAUUAAAAAAGAUAAAUAUGAAUCCACGUGACCUAGUUGGAAUAGGUUAUUCCUUAGGUUUAUGUAAUAACAUGAAUGAAUAUUUUUUUGAACAUUUGAAAAAAGAAACAAUAUCUAAUAUUGAUGCGUAUACACCAACUUUAUUAACUCAAUUAUUAGAAUGUAUGAGAUUAUCACAGAAUUUAGAUGUUGAAUUAACAAAUUUAAUAGUUGAAAAGAUGUGCGAAGAAAUAGAUAGAUUUACUACCAGAGAUGUAACAUUAGCUUUGAAAACAUUAUCCAUGGCUGGUAUACCACGAGGAUUUUUAAUUCGUCGUUUGUGUAAUUUAGUUUUUGACAAUAUAUCCCAUUUUCAUCAUACAGCGUUAAUUAAUAUUAUAUACAACUUGACAAAAUUGAAAUUCACUACAAAUAACCAUAUUGACGUUAUAUAUAAAAAUGUAGAAGAGCAUUUAGAAAAUUGUAACACAACUACUUUAUGCGAAUUGUUGUAUACAUUUUAUAUGAAUGAAAUAAAUGAAGAAAACAGAAUUAACAAAAUUUUGGAAAACAUAAAUUAUGAGCAUUUUAAUACAACUAAAACUGCUGUUAUAAUUGAUUUUAUUCAUGCAUGUACUUAUUACACCAAAUAUGUGGAUAAAGAAAAAUUCGAAAAUUUAAUUUCUUUAUUAUUUAGCAGAAAUGUUCCAAAGUCUUUAACCUUAAUAGCAAAAAUUAGAGAACCAAUUUAUUUCUUGUCAGCUGAUAGUACCUUUAAAUUUGACUUAAAUAAUAUUUCCCCAUCGUGGCUAAAUGCUAUGAAUGAUUUUUUAAGAAUAGAUCAUGAAAAAUUGCAAGCCUUAAAAACCUUCCAUGAAGUACAAAAUGUUUUGAAUAUAAUUGCUCCAAAUUUUAAAUUAAAUUUUGUUCCACUACAAAUUACUCAUUCUUAUUCUGUAGAUUUUAUUGAAAAUGAGAAAAAAAUUGUAAUAGACUUGGAUACCAUCGUAAGACAUACCUCUUUCCAAAUUAAACACAAAUACUUUGAAAAUUUGGGAUAUAAAACAGCCAAAAUUCAUUUCUGGAAAUGGAGAAAAUGCAGGUCAGAAAAGGAACAACAAAACUACUUAUGUGAUAUCUUAUAUUCAGUAACUGACCAGAAAAAAAAUUUGGAAGAAAUUAAUCAACAUGAAGGGGAAAAAAAAAUGGACACUACCCAGCAUGACAGCUAG